AUGACUUCCUCAAUGUCCAAGAUCCUCAUCUUCGGAGGAACAGGUGGAAUUGGCGAAUCCUUUGCACGGGCGUUCCACAAGAUGAACAAGAAAGUCAUCAUCACCGGUCGCCGGGAAGAUCGACUCGCCGCAAUUUCCAGGGAAUUGCCCGGUCUUGGGACUUACAGCAUGGACAACAGCGACCUGGCCGCCAUUCCAAGGCACUGCUCGACAAUCCUCUCCAAGUGGCCCGACAUCGAUACAGUCUUUGUGAACUCAGGCGUCCAGUAUCAAGGCAACUUCAAAACUCUCGACAACUUCACCAAUGAGAAGAUCGUGAAAGAAAUCACGGUGAACUUGACCGCACCAAUCAUGCUCGCACGCCAAUUUAUCCCACAUCUGCUUUCGUUGGAGCGCGAGACAACUUUCAUGAUGACUUCCAGCGGCAUCGCUUUUGUCCCAUUGGGCAUGUUCCCCGUCUACUCGCCCACCAAAGCAGGCGUCCACUCAUUCAUGGUUGGACUUCGGCAGUCCUUGAAAGACACCAACCUCAACAUAAUCGAGAUUGUCCCACCAUAUGUGAAGACUGACCUGGACGCGGCGGACCGGCGCUGGCACGUUAUCACGCCAAUGGAACUUGACGAUUACACCCGGGAGACACUGGAGGUCUUGAAGAAGCCCGGCAAAGAAAUCAAAGAGGCAGCUGCCGGGUCUGCCGUUGGCAGGGUGAAAGCUUGGAGGGACGCAUUCGACCCUUUGUUGCCUAUGGGUGGCUGA